AUGCAUAAAUCAGAGACAUUAUCAUCAAUAGUUGAUACAAAGAAUAAAUUAUUUGAUGAAAUUGAUGAAAAUGAACGUUGUGAUAUAAUUGUAUCUAAUCUUCUCUUCGAUGAUUUAUUUACAUCAAAUGAUGGACUUUGUAUUACUCAUCUUGAUUCUGUUUCACUGCAAUCGUCUAAAGGUACUCAGAAACGUAGUUCAUCAAAUAGUGGUCGACAAAAUAAUCGAGAAUUAGGAUCAAUAAAUAGUUCACGAAAUUCUAAAAGAAAUCGUAAUAAUAGUCUUGAAGAAUAUCCUUUACAUUUGGCAUGUCAAAAUGGUCAAAUUGAAGUUGUAGGAAAAUUAUUACAAGAAUUUUCUCCUGUUACACUUGAACAUGAUCUGAAUCGAUGGUCACCACUUCAUCAUGCUGCUUGGCAUGGUCAUCAUCGAAUUGUUGAAUUAUUACUUCGUUCAAAACGAUUCUCCGUUAAUGCAGUUGAUAAUUCACAUAUGAGUCCAUUACAUUUAGCAGCUUUAGGUGGUCGAGCUGAAGUUGUUCGAAUACUACUUGAUUGUCCUGAUAUUAAUGUGCAUGCAAAAAAUAAAGAUGGAAAAACAGCACUUGAUUUUUGUAAACAAAAUCCAAAUCGUGAUUGGCAAUUAUGUACAGAAUUAAUUGAAAAAUUUCUUCAAAAACCUCUUGAAAAAAUCAAAAUUUGUCUUGCUGAUGGUAGUACUAUUGAACUUGAUCUUGUUUCAGGUCCAGCUGAAACUACUGUUCGUCAAUUACAUGCACAAAUGAUGACACGUUUACGUUUACCAGAUGUAGUUUCACAUGUAUUUGGUAUAUGGAUCUGUUCUAAAAGUGUUCGUAUUCAACUAAAUCCUGAUCAUAAACCUGUACAAUUUUUAUUAAAUUGGAAACGUUAUGCAAGUGAAUUAACAACUGUACCAAAUGAAUCAUCACUUCGAAAUCCAUCAUUAUCAUCAUCUCCAACAUUAAAUUCGAAUUCUGAAGAUGCACAAUUAUGGUGGUCACGUGAUACAUUACUUAAAAUUGAAUUUGAACAACGUCUUCGUAUACCACAUGUUAUACAUUUAUUGUUUCUUGAAGCCUAUCAAAAUUAUUUACUUGCUUAUUAUCCAUGUACAGAUGAAGAUGCUAUUGAAUUUGCUGUUUUAAUGAUGGGAAUUAAUGAAAAACAAUUAGAUGAUAAACUGUGGGAACAUUUUUUUCAUAAUGAUUCUAAUAAUUUAUCUUUAUUAAUACCAGCUGAAAAAUUAAAGCGUGCUGGUGCUGCUUAUUGGCGACGAACAAUUCUUAAACGUUAUAAAGAAGUUUUUAUUGAUGAUCAAACAAUGCAAAAUCGUCCACAAUUACAACUUUAUUUAAAAAUGCAAUUUCUUAAUUUAGCUCAAAAUUUAACUAGUUAUGGUUCAUCAUUUUUUACAGGUGAACAUGAAUAUCGUGGUCGUCGUACAAGUGUAUUUAUAUGUGUUAAUGAUGUUGGUGUACAUUUGAUAAAUCGUGUAACAAAAUUACAAGAAUAUUCAUUUUCAUAUCAACAAAUGACAUUUACUUUUGAAACAGAAGCACAAUCAACACUUGAAAUAAAUGUUAAAGAUAAUAAAAAUGUUGAUCAUACAAGAUUAUUACAUUCAACAAAUUCAAUCAAUAAUAAAAAUUUUAAAAAUUCAAUUUUUUCAUUUUCAUCAUCAUCAAAUAAACAAUCAAAUACAAUUGAUCGACCAUUAACAUCAUCAUCAACAUCGUUAUCAUCAACGUUAACAAAUAAUAAUGAAUUUCAACAAAGAAAUCAUAAUAGACAUAUUUUAUCUCACACAUUAAAUCAAGUAAAUGGACAAUUAUUAAAUCUUUAUCAAGCUCAAACAUCGAAUGCAUCAACAAGUGUUUCAGUAAAUGCCUCAUCAAAUCAACAAUCAACACUUACAAAAAAACGAAUGUUUCAAGUACGUCGUACAUUUUUAUUAAUCGUCACAUUCGAUGUAAUAUUUAUGGUACUUCUAUGGAUUAUUUAUAAUCAAAUUAAAAAUAUAACGAUUGAUCAAGCUUUUGUUAACGAGGUUAUUCAUUAUUCUAUUAAAACAUCUCUAUUUGAUAUUGUUGGUUUAUCAGCUUUUCGUUUUAUUUUAUUAAUGAUAUCGUACGCAAUACUAAAAUGGUCACAUUGGAGUUUCGUAGCUUUCACAACACUUGGUUCAACCGGUUUUAUCAUUGCUAAAACAUGUGUAUUUACAAUUUCCAAAACAGAUAAAGGUUUUACUGAUUAUGGUAUAUUGAUUGUAUCAUUUAUUUUGGCAUGGGUUGAAAUCUGGUUUUUUGACUAUCGUGUUAUUCCUCAUGAACGUCGUUUACGAGAAGCAUUAAAUCAUAGCGAGCGGCGUCCAUUGCUUGCAUCGAAUUCAAGUAGAUCAGCAUCUCCGAUUCCUCCAUCCUCAAAUUAUCAUUCCAUUACACUUUUAAACGAACAUCGUCAAUCAUUUUAUUCUCCUGUGCCGUCCGUCGAGGGUAGCGAUACAGAAGAAACUGAUACCGGUGUUGUACGCACCUUUCGUUCGGAUUCUAAUGUUUCACCAUCAUUAUUAUGUACACCAGCGUCCGUUAUUGAAGAUGAUGAUAAUGAUGAAGAUUAUGAAAAACUAGCAGAUGACGUUGUUGAAAAAGUCUGGCGUAUAUUUAAAGAUAAUGAUUCUUGGUUACAAGAAGCUAUAAGUAGCAAUGGACUUGAUAUUGUUCUUUCUAAAAAUUAUCCGAAAUUGGGCAAAGUUUUCCGAUUAAGUUGUAUUAUUCCAGGAUGUCGUGAUGAUGCUGUACAACUAUUAUUUGAACAACAAGAAGAUAUGUCGAAAUGGAGUCCAACUGUCAACGAUAGUAGAGUACUUCAAGUUAUUAAACACGAUUUAUAUAUAACGUAUCAAAUGACUAAUGAACAAGCACAGGGAAUUAUUGCUAAACGAGAUUUUGUUAAUAUAAGCACACGUCGAUUUAUUGAUGAUGUUGCUAUUAUAGCAGCUCAAGCAUGUGUUUAUCCACAAAUGCCUCCAAAAGACAAUUGUGUUCGAGGUGAAAAUGGACCAACUGCAUAUAUUCUUGAAAAACAUAAUGAUACAAGUUGUAAAUUUACAAUGAUACUUAAUGUAGAUUUAAAAGGUUGGCUUCCUCAAUAUCUUAUUAAUAGUUCUCUUGCUAAUGUUCAACUUACACUUGCUGAAUCACUUCGAACUUAUUUAUCAAAAGCGAUUGAUAUAUCAUCAUCUGGUUCAUCGAUAGGUGAUAUAACAACGUAA